AUGAACAUCCUCAUCUUCUGGGUGAGCAUCCUCCUCCAUGUCUCCAUGGCCAUGGCAGCCGUGAAGGAGGGAGUCUUUACAGCAAUCAAUUCCAUCACUCCUCCGAGUCUUGCUCGUCCAGAGAGUGUCAAUUGGCAGAGUAAUGUCGCCUGGAGCAUCCCUGCUUCCAUGAACAUGAAGGCCGGCGACACCUUCACGUUGCACAUGCCUUAUGUGUACAAAUUUACAAGUACAGCACAAACUUUGCAAAUCACAAGCGGCGGCACCGUCUUGGCCAACUGUGACUUGUUUUCCGGAGACAACAUUGUGGGAUUCUCCGAGGUGCAAUGUACUGCGACAUCUGCCGUGCAAGGCUUGGGAGACACUAGUGGAACCAUCAACUUUGCCUUCACUUUCAAUGCCGGUUUGUCUGACGACCAAGUCAACUUGGAGUCCUCCUCCGUGUGGAGCGUUGGCAGCAACACCGUCACUUGGCAAGAUGGCCUGAAGAAAUUGACUUCUACUGUAAACUUUGUGGGAGGCAUUGCCUACUCCAUGGGAGGUUCGCCCGACGUCGCCGCCUAUGCCUUGAGAGCCUUGGUCAACACCAACGUCAAACAGCAUUAUUUGGUGGGUCCCAAGUGUCUGCUGGUCAUGUCGGGUACCUUGUCCAUCAAGCAGUCCGAGGUGGCUCUCGAUUGCAGCACUUUGAGCGGCUCCAUCUCCAACAUCUACAACGCCUGGUACUUCCCAGAAACUGCCCAAAAGACCGGCGUUGCCCUCACCAGUUGCUCGACAACGGAGGCCAUCGUCACCUUCACCAACCUCCCGGCCAAUUACAGACCGUACAUGAACAUCAUGACCACCAUCAUCCUGACCAGUGCCACCUUCCCGUCGACUUACUCAUACAACUUCGUGUGUAACGGCGAGACCUUGACCAGCUCCUCCACCAUCCGUUGGUCCCACUACCAGGCCGGCGAUCCUGGCACUGGCGGCAAUAGCUUGCCCAUUGUGGUUUCCACGGUGACCGACCCAACUGCCACCAACACUGGUCUUGUCACUCACACCGGAACCUCCGCCAGAACCGUUAUUGUGAAUGUGCCCAUGUCUGUUGUGACUGUCACCGUCACCGGCACCAACACGGCUUCUGUGACCCAAACGGUGGGCACUACCAGUGGUACCAGAUACGUCUCGGUCAAUGUUCCUACGCCAACCACCACCAUCACCAGAACAUGGACAGGCACUGCAACCAGCUCGCUGACUGCGACGGCACUGACUGGAGGAACCGCAACCCUCUAUGUGGAUGUGCCACCUCCAUCAACCACCGUCACCAGUACGUGGACAGGAUCAGUGGCUACUACUCGAACGGUAACGGCCCUGGUUGGCGGAACAGGUACAGUCAUCGUAAACGUUCCAAUUCCAACCACCACACUCACGAGUACCUGGACAGGCUCUGUUGCCACCACUCUGACCGUCCCAGGACUGGCUGGAGGCACUGGUACAGUGGUCGUGAAUGUUCCAGUUCCUACAACCACAGUGACAAGUACUUGGACCGGUUCCGUUGCCACCACCCAGACUGUUCCCGCUAGUGCUGGAGGUACCGGAUCGGUUAUUGUGAAUGUUCCAAUUCCAACCACCACUGUUACAAGCACAUGGACAGGUUCGGUCGCCUCUACCCAGACUGUUCCAGCCAGUGCAGGUCAAACUGGAAGUGUUAUCGUCAAUGUGCCCGUACCAACCACCACUGUCACCAGCACUUGGACUGGUUCUGUGGCUACCACUCAAACCAUUCCAGCGCUGGCAGGAGGAACCGGAUCGGUUAUCGUCAAUGUGCCAGUUCCAACCACCACUGUUACAAGCACAUGGACAGGUUCGGUCGCCACUACUCAAACCAUUCCCGCUAGUGCUGGUCAGACAGGAAGCGUUAUUGUGAAUGUUCCUGUUCCAACCACAACAGUCACCAGCACUUGGACUGGUUCUGAAGCCACCACCCAGACUAUUCCAGCAAGUGCUGGUCAGACUGGUAGUGUCAUCGUCAACGUUCCAGUGCCUACUACAACUCUCACGAGAACGUGGACCGGUUCAGAAGCUUCUACCCAGACCGUUCCAGCCAGUGCGGGACAAACCGGCAGUGUCAUUGUGAAUGUGCCUGUUCCCACCACCACCUUGACUAGAACCUGGACUGGAUCUGAAGCCACCACUGAAACUGUGCCUGCAAGCGAGGGCGGAACCGGAAGCGUUAUCGUGAACCUCCCCAUUCCAACCACCACGGUGACCAGAACCUGGACCGGCUCGGAAGCUACUACCGAGACCAUCACUGCCAGUGAGGGCGAAACAGGAAGUGUGAUUGUCAACGUUCCUAUUCCAACUUCGACGGUCACCAGAACAUGGACUGGUUCCGAGGCCACCACCGAGACCAUCACUGCUAGCGAGGGAGAGACAGGCAGCGUUAUCGUGAAUGUUCCUAUCCCAACCACAACAGUGACGAGAACGUACACUGGAUCUGAGCCUUCCACUGAAACCAUCACAGCUACCGAGGGUGAGACUGGCAGUGUCAUUGUGAACGUGCCAAUUCCAACGACCACCAUCACAAGAACAUGGACUGGUUCCGACACCUCCAGUGGAACCAUUACUGGUGGUCCUGGUGAGACCGGAACCGUCUUCAUCGAUGUUCCUACUCCAACAACCACCCUCUUCUCGACCUGGACCGGAAGCACCAUCACCACACGUACCAUCACCGCUACUUCUGGUGGUACCGACACUGUUGUGAUCGAGGUUCCUACUCCAAUCACUGUCAUCACUGCCACUUGGACUGGUCUGGACACUGAGAUCGUCACCGAGCUGUUUGUUUCUGGAACCCAGACGAUCGUUGUGAAUGUCCCCACUCCAACAACCACGGUCACAAGAACAUGGUCUGGAAGUGACACCACCACUCAAACCUCUCCUGCUCUGGUGGGAGGUACUGGUACGGUCUUCAUUGAUGUUCCAACUCCUUACACCACCUUGACCAGAACCUGGACUGGAUCAGAGACUCUGACUGUUACCGAUCCUGCUCCUUCAGGAGGCACGGGUACUGUGUACAUCGACGUUCCUACCCCGCUGACCACCAUUACUAGAACUUGGACUGGUUCUGAGGCUACCACUCAGACCAUUCCUGCAUCUUCCGGUGGCACUGAGACGAUUUAUGUUGAUGUUCCUACACCUCUGACUACUGUUACAAGAACAUGGACUGGAUCCGAGACAACCACCCAGACUGUCCCUGGUGGUAGUGGUGGAACCGAUAUCAUCUACAUUGAUGUGCCUACUCCGCUGACGACGGUCACGAGAACCUGGACCGGUUCCGAGACUACUACUCAAACCAUUCCAGGAGGUAGUGGUGGUACUGACACGAUCUACAUUGACGUUCCUACUCCUCUGACUACCGUUACUAGAACCUGGACGGGAUCUGAAACGACUACUCAAACGAUUCCAGGUGGAAGCGGUGGCACUGAUACCAUUUACAUCGAUGUCCCAACGCCACUGACCACGGUCACUAGAACAUGGACGGGAUCUGAAACAACGACUCAGACCAUUCCCGGUGGAAGUGGUGGAACUGAUACCAUUUAUGUUGACGUUCCUACUCCUUCGACCACGGUUACGAGAACGUGGACUGGCUCUGAAACGACCACACAAACUAUCCCAGGUGGAAGCGGAGGAACUGACACUAUCUACAUUGAUGUCCCAACGCCACUGACCACUGUGACGAGAACUUGGACUGGAUCCGAGACAACUACCCAAACUAUACCUGGCGGUAGCGGCGGAACGGAUACUAUCUACGUGGAUGUGCCAACGCCCCUGACUACCAUCACCAGAACAUGGACCGGUAGUGAAACCUCAACGGAAACCGUUCCAGCCGCUAGUGGCGGUACCGGAACUUUGAUCGUGAACGUUCCUACUCCAGCGGUUACCAUUACCAGAACAUGGACCGGCAGUGAAACUACUACUGAGACGGUUCCAGCUGCUUCCGGAGGUACUGAAUCCGUUUAUGUUGAUGUCCCAACUCCUACAACGACAAUCACCAGAACCUACACUGGCACCACCUCCCAGACGGAAACUGUCCCUGCCGCCUCUGGUGGUACCGCGACCGUUUUCAUUGACGUGCCCCCUCCUUUGACUACUGCCACAAGCACUUGGUCUGGCGAUGUAACCCUUACUGAGACCGGUCCUUAUGUCUCUGGAGGUACUCAGACUGUUGUUGUCAUCGUUCCUACUCCAGCAACCACUGUGUGGUCGACCUGGACGGGCACUGAAACUACCACCCGUACUCUUACUGCACUGGAUGGUGGAACCAACACCGUCGUUGUGGAGAUUCCUACACCUGUCACAGUUAUCACCUCAACUUGGACGGGUACUGAGACAUCUGUUAUCACGGAACCAUUCGAAUCUGGCACCCAGACCAUCGUGGUCCAGGUUCCAUCCCCAGCUACUACUUUGACGAGUACUUGGACUGGUAGCGAGACUACUACCGAGACUUUGCCUGCCGAGUCUGGUGGAACGCAGACGAUUGUUGUCCAGGUUCCAUCCCCAGCUACUACUUUGACGAGUACUUGGACUGGUAGCGAGACCACUACCGAGACUUUGCCUGCUGAGUCUGGUGGAACGCAGACCAUCGUGGUCCAGGUUCCAUCCCCAGCUACUACUUUGACGAGUACUUGGACUGGUAGCGAGACCACUACUGAGACCUUGCCUGCUGAGUCUGGUGGCACUGAAACCGUGGUUGUCCAGGUUCCAUCUCCAGCCACUACUUUAACAAGUACAUGGACUGGUAGCGAAACCACUACUGAGACUUUGCCCGCACAGUCAGAUGGAACCCAGACAGUUGUUGUGCAGGUUCCUUCCACUGAAGGAUCGACUUUGACCUCAACUUGGACUGGCUCCACUACCAGAACUAUUAUCUUGAGUGCAUCCCAGUCUGGUGAUGAAAACACAGUUGUUGUUGAAGUUCCAUCCACUGAUGCAUCCACGUUGACCUCCACCUGGACUGGUUCUACCACCAGAACUACCACGUUGACCCCUGCUCAGUCUGGUGACCAGGAGACUGUCGUUGUUGAAGUGCCUUCUGAUGGAGCAUCUACGUUGACAUCCACCUGGACUGGUUCUACCACUAGAACUACCACGUUGACCCCUGCUCAAUCUGGUGACCAAGAGACUGUUGUUGUGGAGGUUCCAGCAACUGCUUCCGAUGUUUCAACUUUGACUUCCACUUGGACUGGUUCUACUACCAGAACUACCACGUUGACACCUACUCAAUCUGGUGAACAGGAGACUGUCGUUGUGGAGGUCCCAUCUACUGAGGGAUCGACCUUGACCUCGACCUGGACUGGCUCUACUACCAGAACUGUGACCUUGAGUGCUUCUCAGUCUGGUGACCAAGACACUGUCGUUGUGGAGGUUCCUGCAACUGCUACUGAUGCCUCAACCUUGACUUCCACAUGGACUGGCUCUACCACUAGAACCGUCACAUUGAGUGCCUCGCAGUCUGGUGACCAAGAUACUGUUGUUGUGGAGGUUCCAGCAACUGCUACCGAUGCCUCAACCUUGACUUCCACAUGGACUGGUUCUACCACCAGAACUACCACGUUGACCCCUGCUCAGUCUGGUGACCAAGAGACUGUCGUUGUUGAAGUGCCUUCUGAUGGAGCAUCUACGUUGACUUCCACAUGGACUGGUUCUACCACCAGAACUACCACGUUGACCCCUGCUCAGUCUGGUGACCAAGAGACUGUCGUUGUUGAAGUGCCUUCUGAUGGAGCAUCUACGUUAACAUCCACUUGGACUGGUUCUACCACCAGAACUACCACGUUGACCCCUGCUCAGUCUGGUGACCAAGAGACUGUCGUUGUUGAAGUGCCUUCUGAUGGAGCAUCUACGUUAACAUCCACUUGGACUGGUUCUACCACCAGAACUACCACGUUGACCCCUGCUCAGUCUGGUGACCAAGAGACUGUCGUUGUUGAAGUGCCUUCUGAUGGAGCAUCUACGUUAACAUCCACUUGGACUGGUUCUACCACCAGAACUACCACGUUGACCCCUGCUCAAUCUGGUGACCAAGAGACUGUCGUUGUUGAAGAGACUGUCGUUGUGGAGGUCCCAUCUACUGAGGGAUCGACCUUGACCUCGACCUGGACUGGCUCUACUACCAGAACUGUGACCUUGAGUGCUUCUCAGUCUGGUGACCAAGACACUGUUGUUGUUGAAGUGCCUGCGACUGCUACUGAUGCCUCAACCUUGACUUCCACAUGGACUGGCUCUACUACCAGAACUGUUACUUUGAGUGCCUCGCAGUCUGGUGACCAAGACACUGUCGUUGUGGAGGUUCCAGUGACCGUUGCCGGUGCCUCAACUUUGACUUCUACUUGGACCGGUAGCACCACGAGAACAUCGACCUUAACUGCCACUCAAUCGGGCGACGAAAACACGGUUAUUGUUGAAGUGCCUUCCGAUGGAGCAUCUACGUUGACUUCUACGUGGACCGGAUCCACCACCAGAACUAUUGUUUUGACACCAACUCAAUCGGGUGAUCAGGAAACCGUUGUGGUCGAGGUUCCACCAUCUGGAACUCCAACAUUGACAUCCACCUGGACUGGUUCUACCACCAGAACUAUUGUUUUGACACCAACUCAAUCGGGUGACCAGGAAACAGUUGUGGUCGAGGUUCCACCAUCUGGAACUCCAACAUUGACAUCCACCUGGACUGGUUCUACCACCAGAACUAUUGUUUUGACACCUACUCAAUCGGGUGACCAGGAAACCGUUGUGGUCGAGGUUCCACCAUCUGGAACUCCAACAUUGACAUCCGCUUGGACUGGUUCUACUACCAGAACUACGACCUUGCCACCAGCCGGCACUGAUACUGUCGGCACUGUCGUGGUUGAGGUUCCUUCUGAAACCGGAACUCCAACAUUGACUUCCGCAUGGACUGGUUCUACAACCAGAACAACUACUUUACCACCAGCUGGUACUGACACAGUUGGUACUGUCGUGGUUGAGGUUCCAUCUACCGGAGACUUUACCACCUUGACAUCUACGUGGACGGGUUCUGAACCUUCUACUGAGACCAAACCACCUUCGGGAACGGACACGGUUGGCACUGUGAUUGUCAACAUUCCAUCUUCGUCUGGACCAUGGGACUUGACCAAUACCCCCGUCCCUCCUACACAGACCAGUAUCGGACUCACCUCCGUCACCACUGACGCUUUCACCACCAACGACCCACAGACGACAGAGAAUCCAGGUUUGACAACCACCAGCCCAGGCCAGGACACUCCUGCUGCUACUACUGAAUCUACGGCAUCAACACCCAACGUACCAGGUGGUGUCGACACAUCAUCUUUGACCAGCCCUAACGCGACGCCCGACGUUCCACACGACACGACGACCACGAUUAGAACUGGUACUACUCUGGAUGUUCCGGUGCCAACAACAGGUCCUGUUACAGGCGGAACCGAGCCUGCCCCUACUAACGGUGGAACCGAGCCUGCCCCUACUAACGGUGGAACCGAGCCUGCCCCUACUAACGGUGGAACCGAGCCUGCCCCUACUAACGGUGGAACCGAGCCUGCUCCUACUAACGGUGGAACACAGCCAGCUCCUACUAACGGUGGAACUGAGCCUGCUCCUACUAACGGUGGAACACAGCCAGCUCCUACUAACGGUGGUACCGAGCCUGCUCCUACUAACGGUGGAACACAGCCUGCUCCUACCAACGGUGGAACACAGCCUGCUCCAACUCCAGGAACAGGUGGUGACAACACUGAGGGUGGACCAGUACCAUCGGGCACGCCAUCUAAUCCCGAGAACCCAUCUCCUUCGAACGGCCCCGGUGUGAGCAAUGGACCUGGUGGAAACACCGUUCCUGAGCAGCCAGCACCUGCUACUGACCUGACCAUCUGUAACUACGGCAAGUGUGUCACCAUUUCUGCCACUGAAAGUAACACCGGAGCUACAGGUACUGAUGAGCCUAACCCAUCGAUCGCUAUCCAACCAAGCGGUUCGCAAUAUGGUAACCCACUGGCCUCUUCUCCUGCCACGGGAAUCCCAGCCGUAUCCUCAUACGAAGCUUCAGCCUCGAACCUUAAGGUAUCAGGACUUUUUGCUAUUUUCUUGACGUUGAUUCAGAUAAUUGUUUAA